UUAGUUAAAUAAACAGGUUCCUAUCAAGUUAAUUACAUUGCUCGUACUGGAAAAUACGUCUUUAUCCACUUUCAAUAGUGAUUGCAACGAACUAGUUCCACCAGAUUCUCUCUAAAGAGCACGCCUGCACAAUGAAAUUGGGCAUUCUUUUCAAGCUUGCAAUAAUUGGUGGCUGCUUUAGUAAUAUUUUUUGUGAAAUAAGUUAUGAUUAUUACUGGAGGGAUUAUACAGGGGACAUACCAGGAGACGCUGUAGAGGGGGGACGUGACGUGAACAACAGGAAGACAUACAUUGGCCAGGUAUUUGUUAAAAAUUAUGGAAUUAUUCCUGUCACUAUAUAUCCAGGAAAAACAUCAGUUGCGGCGAAUAUAGAUGGAAUACAUCACAUCAGUAGUUAUGUAAAGAUCUUAUGCAGCUCCUGUAAGGAAAAUUUCAAAUGGCUGCCAGCAGAUGCUAAAACUCUCCAUGUCAAAAUGAUUAACAAACAUUUAGUAAAAGGUGGGGUGGAAUGGGAAGGCAAAGUAACCAAUAUUGGCAGGAUAUUAUACCAGAGUGAGCUGUUGGUGGCCAAAGUUUGUGGAUAUGCUGUUGGAGAUGCGAAACUCUUCUUCCCUGCUGGAAAUCAAGAAAAAACCGCUGAAACUUAUGAAGUUUUAGUAUAUGAUGGUCCAGAUCUGUUUUCUAUUGAGCCUCGCAUUCAAAAUUUUUCCUAAAGAUACUUGAUGAAUUUAGGUAUGCAGUUAGCCUACAGUGAGGUUUAUAGUUCUCUGAGGAUUAAAAAUGAUAUUUUAUAUUAGUAAUGACAAAUCUUGAAAUCUACAUUAUAAUAUUUAAAUAAA